AAGCAGAGGAGAGAGAGAGAGAGAGCCAUUAAAAAGCAGAGAGAAACGAAGGCUACCCAGUAAAAAGCAGAGGAGAGAGAGAGAGAGCCAUUAAAAAGCAGAGAGAAACGAAGGCGACAACAUAGUCGAGAGAGAGCAGAAAUACGCGAUGGCGGAAUUAGAAAGUAGAGAGAGAAAAACGAUGGCAGUCGCAAAAGAAAAAGAAAGAGAGAGAAAACGAAACUGUUUAUUGGGAUAGGGGGCAACGCUAUCAGAGAGCGCUCAGAUAGUGGCAGUGAAUAUUUUUCUUUCUCUGACAUUCCGCCUCGUUUGUCUCGGCCCCUCCUCUCUUUCUCUCUCUCUAUAUAUACAGAGCUUAACUCCAUGAACCCAGACCCUUCAAUGGAAGAGGAAGAGAGCAUCAACCGUGGACGAACCAGUUCCAGCUCUGCAACUGCAUGUUUCAUGGAGGAAGAAGAGGCCUCUGCUCAUCGUCUGUCCUCUACAUUUUAUCCACCUGAAACUCCAAAAGAACCAAUGGAGUUUCUGGCCAGGUCGUGGAGCCUCUCCGCUCUUGAGGUUUCAAAGGCUCUGCGGAAAGGUGGUCCUAAUGGCUCCAUGGCUAUACUCGAAGAGAAUGGGGGAGAAGCAGAGGAGGCUGCAUUGGUGGCUACUAAUCCUUUCACAUUUGCCUCUUCUCUCACUUCACAGCUUGUGAUGGAGCGGAUCAUGUCUCAGUCUCAAGAAGUCUCCCCUCUUACUUCAGGGAGACUGUCACACAGCAGCGGACCAUUGAAUGGAUCCUUCACCGACAGUCCUCCUCUUUCACCUUCUGAAAUGGACGAUUUGAAGUUAUGUAGAUUAAGCAACACCCUCAAGGCUCAGCAACACUACAGAGGGAAGACUGUGGGGCGAUGGCUCAAGGACAGGCGAGAGAAAAAGAAAGAGGAGUCACGUGCCCAGAACGCACAGCUGCAUGCAGCCGUUUCAGUGGCUGCAGUGGCUGCUGCAGUGGCGGCGAUAGCUGCUGGAACAGCCGCCGCCAACAAGGGCGAGGGCCAGUCGAAGACCGACGCGGCAGUGGCGUCUGCAGCUGCACUUGUGGCAGCUCAGUGUGUGGAAGUGGCCGAGAGCAUGGGGGCAGAUAGGGAGCACCUCGGCUCGGUUGUGAGCUCGGCUGUGAAUGUUAGGUCACCUGGUGACAUCCUCACCCUCACUGCUGCCGCGGCCACAGCCCUUCGAGGUGCGGCUACACUGAAAGCGCGAGCUUUGAAAGAGGUUUGGAACAUUGCGGCUGUGAUCCCUGUUGAGAAGGGGAUCCCACACCAGGCAGAGUCAGGGUUUAGUGGGGAAUUGGUUACAGAAGACAAGGUGGUGGGGCUUUGCACUCAAGAACUGGUUGCUAGAGGAGGCGAACUUCUCAAACGCACUAGAAAGGGGGACCUCCACUGGAAAUUUGUUUCGGUUUAUAUCAACAGAUUGGGCGAGGUCAGUCUUAAGAUGAAGAGCAGGCAUGUAGCAGGGACCAUAACCAAGAAAAAGAAGAACAUUGUAUUGGACGUGUGCAAGGAUGUUGCUCCUUGGCCUGGUCGACCUUUGAUAGAGGCAGGAGAGCGCCCCAGAUACUUUGGCCUGAAAACUGCUGCGCGUGGGGUUGUAGAAUUCGAGUGUCAAAAUAGCAGGGAGUAUGAAAUAUGGACCCAAGGAGUUUCAAGGCUACUAACUAUUGUCCGAGAGAAGAAACGCCAUGCCUAAAAUCAAUGUGCAAUCCAAUCUUUGAUGCGAUUUUCUGUUCAAGUUUUGUUGUGAUCAAAGUCCCAAGGUUUAAACAGAGGCAUAUGGGGCUUUUGUAAUGUCGCUUUGCUUCGACAACCCCCCACUUUUGUACUAGGGCAAAAUGAAGAUUUCCUAUAGAUUGGGGCUUCUUGUAUUGUAAAAUGUAAUUAUUUUAGUGGUUUAUCAGUGAAUUAGUUUUUGAUGGCCUUUAGUUUUUCUCAGUGUAUAGUGGAACAAUCAGAGCUUGAAACUACAUAUAACUGUUUCCUGGCAUUCCAUCGUGA